AUGGGUUUCCCCUGCACGUUUAAUGCAUCAAGUAUUGGUAGGAGUGGUGGUUUGGUCUUGGAUUGGAAAAAAGAAAUUAAUCUUAACAUUAUUUCAUCUAGCUUGAGGGGUAUCCAUGUCACAUCUAUAGAUAUUAUUCACACCAACACUUGUCACAUUCAUUUCAUGUAUGGUGAACCAAAUAGUAGCUUAAGACAGGCUUUUUGGGAUCAACAAUGCCAACAGUCCAUUGUUCCUUUAGAUGAGCCUGUGUUCUUUAUAAGAGACUUUAAUGCUCUCUUAGGUACUGAAGAUAAAAAUGAAGGUCUAGAGGUUGAUGAUUCUGAUUUUUUAAAUCUUAGAAAUUUCUGUUCUUUGUUUAAUCUGCAUGACCCUGGAUUCUCAGGCCCUAGAUUCACUUGGUCCAACAUGCAACAAGGUUCUGAUUUGAUUCUUGAGAGAUUAGAUAGAUGUUUUAUCAAUCAAAUUGUUAAAGACCUUUGCCACAAAUUUUGUGUCUAUAAUUUGCCUAGAGAUUCUUCUGACCAUUGUCCUAUGCAUAUUGGUUUCAAUUAUGAGGAUAUUUGUAUGCCUAGACCCUUUCAUUUUAUGGCCAUGUGGAUGGAAGAUCAUAUUAGUAGAGAUAUCAUUGCUAAUUUUUGGUCUGUUAAUGUGGUAGGCUCUUUUGCCUAUAAACUAAAAUCUAAGAUUUUAAGUACAAAAAAAGGUCUUAGAGAUUGGAACAAAACUUCCUUUGGUAAUAUUCAAACUAAUAUAUCUACCAUCAGGAAGGAUUUGGCUGACCUCCAAUGCAAUAAUCCAACUGAAACUACUUUAACUUCCAGACUGAAAGCUAGAUUAGAAUAUCUCUACAAUCUAGAAGAACUAUACUGGAAGGAUAAGUCCAGAGAGGAUGAAAUUCUGGAUGACCUCCCCAUAAAGUUUAUUAUUGAAGAUAAUGCUCUUUUAAGUCUUCCUCUUACUGCUGAAGAUAUCAAAAAUGCGGUUUUCCAAAUGGGGGAAAAAAGCUCCAAGUCCUGA